AUGGCGAGUGUGAUGAUGACUUUUCCUCCCGAAGCGAGUUACUUAAGAAAAAAGAGGAAAGCGAGCCGACUUUUUCUAUUUCAGAGUUUCGCUAUACAUCCAGAUGACGCGAUGACGCUACAUUGGUGGAUGCACUGGUUCUGGGUUACCGCGCAAUUUCUUGUGAUUUUUGGGAGUCCUUUACCAUCAACCACAUCGGAUCCUGUCAACCAGUCUCAAUCUCCAAGAGUGACAUCUUCGGCGAUCGAGGCCGAAGACAUUUAUCGCACGUCGAAGUCAACCAGGCCGACUUUUCGAAUCGCUAAGGCUAUUGGUCUUUAUCCACAGACGAAUACAGCCGUAGUGCCUGACAGGCAGCAAUCCGUCACUACUAUCGCCUCGUUGCUAUUAGAACGUGGAGAUACUGUUUCUGAAACGAGCGUCCACGAGACAGUCGAGCUAAGUUUUCGCAGUAAUAUCUCCAACGUCGAGCCGCUUGGCACGACGAUACCGCAGCGUGUCGCGGAGAACGUCGAGAGAAUCAGGAACUCGACGAAGAAGGACAGUAAGAUCACGUGGAUCCUGACAACUAACAAAUCGUCAGGUAAACCGAAGUACGAUCAGGAAGAGAGAAAUCAAUCUAGCAUUGCCAGAAACGUUAGCUUCGAGGAAGUCGAAGAUCUCACCGUGCUACCUCUUCAAGAAGAAAUGUCGAAGGUUGAUUUAACGUUAAACAGAACAAGGUCUUCCUUCGUAACGUCCUUGUCCUCGACCGGAGUUGCUAGUAAUGCUGCAAUCAGGACAUUUAAUCAAUCCGAGGACGAGGUCGAGAUCGACGAAGAGGUGGCUCAGACGCAGCAUUUCGCUACAGCGGCGUCUAUCCUUGGAGUUGGCGAGUCCACUCGUCUGAGCAGAGCGAGGAACACUUUCAUCACGCAGCACUUCCAGAGGGAUCAAGUGCAAGAAGACAAUCAGCCUUCAGAUUAUAACACUGGUAAUAUCAGUGAAAGUACUGAGCAAGGUUCGACGACAUCCGCUGCGGGUAUAGCUGCUAUUACAGGUAGCUGUUUAGCGACUGUGGCCCUGCUCAGCACAAUGGGUAGUCUCGGAUUCAUUAUAUACAGGCGCAAGUACUUGAACCCUCCGCAAACAUUAAACAGUGAUAAAUGCAGCAAUCCCGAUAGCUCCGGUUAUAUCGAUGAUUCCACUAUUCGCGAUAACUCGGAGGAAAUGUACAGUUUGGAUAAUGACUCGUUCCUAAAUUCGCUAGAGGCAAUGACAAUACAGAAUUAUUGGACUGACAGUGUAAAGCAUACGAAGCUAUGACAAAAGAAGAUAACCCAUCCCGGAAAGAGAAUCGAGACAUUUAGCAUUUCCGACGGUGAAGCACAUGAGCAAGUUUCUCUGCUUGAGCAAUAGUACUUACACGUCCGAGAUACCGUAUUCUAAUUAUCGUGCAGCAAGUUUUGUUGCCCGAUGUAUAUCUGGAGGCAGUGAGAACAUGCAGCGCUUGAGAGUCAUUAAUCAGUUUUGAUGAGCUGCGUCGAAUGUUAGUUACCUUGGACGUUAUUACUCUGUACGACGUAAAAAAUUAUAGAUCAAAAUUGCGAAUCGGCACGUAUCUGUCAUUUCGCGACGUGUUGAUUUAUGCCACUUCCAUCGUUCCUAUAUUUUUCUACGACGCAUGCGACCGGCUAAAGUCGCGCUUAGGUAGGAAGUGGCGGAAUUAUCCUUAAAUAUAUAUAUUUCCAUUAAUGAUAUAGUGCAAUAAAAAUGAAAAUUGAUGUACUUUAUUAUUAAAUUAAUAUAAUAACAUUAUUCUAGAAAAGUAAGAGUACAAAUAAGGCUAUAUUAGUUCAUAGCUAGAGCAUUUGCUAAACUAAAAGAAAAAUUAAUUUAAGGAUAUUGAAGUAAUAUCCCUAGUAUUUAUAGUACAAUGCUUCCAAUAUUGCGAAUUGGAAUUCAUACGUACAAUAUUGUACUUACUAAUGGUUUUUAAUCUUGGAUUUGAAUGCCGGUGUCUUCUACAAUUUCACUUUAAAAUUACAUUACAAUUGUGGUGAUUAGCUUUGGCCAUAUUGACAGUCGCUUAAUCAGAUAACUUAAAUAUUUUCGAAGAUCGGAUUUACGGAAGAUCGGACCAAAUCGUACGUAGAUCUAGCUUUACGCCUUUACGACAUAUCCAGCAAAAAUAUUGAUUCAUGUUUUCCAAUACAAGAAAUCUAGCUUGUACCUAUGUACAUACAUACCAUUGUAACGUUUUAUGUAUAGAUGUGCAAAUAUUGCAAAUCUGCCGUCGCGUUAAGUGAGACGUGAUUAAUUUUAAGUAGCGUUAGCGUUUACCUAAAUAUAUUUCUAUACAUUCGAAAUGGGGGGGGAAAAAAAGACAGAGAAUCCAUUGUGAUAGAUCGUAGCGUUUAAUAUAUGUAAAAUUAUCUUUGGCUCGUUUAUGAUAACGGUUGUGAAUAAACACGUUCAUGUAUUAUACA